AAUUUAUAUAACCACCCAAAAAUUAAAAAGCAUUUCUUUCAAAUCCAAGAAAGAAGAAAGUCGGUUGAGUUUUUUAACAAAAAUAGAAAGAAUUCACAACGAGAGCAAAAUUUAAAUAACAUCAAACUGAAGAAGUUCAAGCUGCAAUGUAGACGGGUGUGGCGUUGAAGCAUGGAAGGAAAAAUUGAUGUCAGCAAGUAUAAAAAGUUCAAACGGUUGACUCUGGUGGAAGAGAUCAAGAGUAUUCUUCAAAAAUACCCUGAUGAUGGUCAAAUCUUCAAGGAAAUUGUCCAAAAUGCAGAUGACGCGGGUGCAACAAAACUUGUUUUUAUUUAUGAUGAAAAUGAUUACCGUGGACGUGCUACAAACUGUUCGGCUCCAGGACUAGCUAAGUUACAGGGACCAGCACUUUAUGCAUACAACGACGCUCACUUCACUGAAUCAGAUUGGGAUGGUAUAAGAUCACUGGGACUAAGCAAUAAAAUAAAAGAUCCACUGAAAGUUGGAAGAUUUGGACUUGGUUUUAAAUCAGUAUUUCAUUUAACAGAUUUACCUUCAAUCUCAAGUAAAACAAUUUUUGCAUACCUUGAUCCAAUUGCAAAGACUUUUACAGAUGAGUUGGAAUUUCUUGACUUUUCAAAUUUGGAUGAUAAAAGUAAAUUUAAAAAUUAUUCGGAUUUUGCUCCAUUUAAACAGCUGCCAACAUAUUCUCUUGAUGGAAACGGUAGAUGUGAUGGAACAUUAUUCAGGUUUCCUCUUCGACAAGAGAUAUCGAAUAUAUCAAGCGUAUGUUACGACAAUACUCGAUUUAUGAAGUUGAUCAGCACGUUCAUGAAUGAUGGAUACAUGAACCUCCUCUUCCUCAAGAACGUCCAAUCCAUCAAGUUUUAUAAAAUAUGUUCUGGUAAUAAACAAAUGGAGGAAUUGUAUUCUGUAAAUAUCUCUCAAAGAUGUGUUCAACAGUAUGGCCAGCAAAGAAAAGCUUUUAUUAAAAGCUUGACAAACCAGGUUCAGCAAGGCAACUUCCAAGAAUUAACUUUAAAUCAUCAAGUGGACAUUGAGGAAGAUUCAAGAGGAAAGAAGACAUCCUAUUCCUUUAUGUUGAGUGAAUAUUUUGGAUACACUAGGACUGGCGACGAUUUUUAUGAAAUGAUCACAGAUGAAGAGUUAUCCUAUAUACCGCUAGUUGCUGUUGCAAUGCCCUUAGAUUCGAGCGAUGGUGGUCAUAUAUUUUGUGGUCUCCCAUUACCUUUGCGUGAAAAACGUAUGACUGGCCUACCAGUUCAUGUUAAUGGAUUUUUCGCACUUGGACCUGACCGCAAAGACUUAAAAUGGAAAACAAUAUCUUCAGCAGAAAGUAAUGAUAAAUCUGUCAAUUGGAAUUUAUGUUUAAUUAAUAAACUUUUGCCUUUAGCUUAUUUUAAUUUAAUCAAACAUUUGAUUGCGGCAAACAAUGUUAAUAUUGUUUACAAAUGUUGGCCUAAUCACGAUGAAGUAAAUCAUAAAUGGGAGUCAUUUCUCAUUGAGUUGUAUCAAAAAUUACGUAAUGUUCCAUGCAUCUCCAUUACCAGUACGCAGAAAUGGGUCCACGUACACAACGUGAGUUUUUUAAAAGAAAGCCUCUUUGCGUCUGAAAAUCAAUAUCUAGCUGUAUCAGCUUUCCUUGAAAACAUCGGUACAAAUGUUGCACAUGUUCCUGAUCACAUCUUGAAAUCUCUUUCAGAUGUUAUUACUUUUGUUACCAAGAACAUUGUAAUCAACCAUCUUAAAGAAAAAUGCAAUUUAUUUCGCCAGCUGUCAACAGACAAACAAUGCCACAUUUUGGCUUUUUCCAUUCAAGUAAAAAAUGAUUUAAUGGCACUGAAUGGGCUACCAAUAAUUUGCAAAUUGGAUGGAACUUACCACUGUGUCUCCUACCGACAAAAAUCUGAAAAUAUUUACAUACCAACCAGAGACCAUCCGAAAGAGAUCUUACCUUCGUUAAAGAAUGUGUUAAAUACGUCUUUUUUCACCACUGAUGAUACAUUCUUUCGACGAUUUCAAACUAUUGCAGCUUCAGGGGAAUUCAACUUGAUCUUAAUGAAUGAUGUUACUGCAAGUAUUUGUGCUGUUAAAGAUAACCUACCUAAAAAAUGGUUGAGCAAGAACGACAAAGUAUGUUGGCCUGAUAGAUCUGGUUAUCCCAGUAAAGACUGGCUGAUGAGAUUAUUGGCGUAUAAACAAAGAAAUAAUAUUUCUUUGGAUUUAUUGAAUGGGGUGCCGUUAAUACCUGUAGUGGAAGGUAAUCAAAGGUAUUUGUGUAAGUUGAGUACUGUUCCAUUAGUUAUGAGUAGUACAUGUAUGGGCGGAUACUUUUCUUAUAACACGGGCCAAAUAGUGGACCCAUCCUCCAAGCUGUUAUUGCAAAACUGUGGAAUUCUGUUUGUUGCUGAAAAUUUUAUUGAUAGUGGCAUCAUACGUGACCUGUGCAAUGAGGGGAAGAUUUUACUGCCAGACGCCAAUGGAGUUAUUACAAGUAUUGAGAAUUUGUACAACGCAGGUUAUGGACAAAAAGUCAUGGAUUCUGUGGAAGUAUCAUCAGGGGAUCAGAAAACAAAACUGAUGGAAGUCAUCGGUGCUUGUGGAAGAAGUCUACCGCAUGUAAUAUACCAGCUAAAAUUAUUGAAACCUUAUGGAAGUUCCUCUUAUGUCCCAAUUGGUAAAUGUGUUUUAGUGGAUAGCAGUUGUGUGCCAAGUGUUUGGAGUGCUGCGUUUGGAAAUCUGAUUGCACAGCAAAAUUUAUCAUACCAGCUAUAUCAAAAGUUUAGGAAUUCCCUUACGACUUGGAAUUUUGAAGACAUCGUCAAAUGUGUGUUGCGAAAUAUCAAGAGGCUCAAUCCUGCCCAAAAGGAUGAGCUUUUUAACUUUUGUGUGCAACAAAUAUCCUCGCGUGAAGUGUCCUCUUCGUUUGUAAAUAACCUUAAACAUCAUUUGUACGUUCUGAGUGAUGGUGCAAGGAUUAAACCGUGCGAACUCUUUGAAAGAACUCAACAGUUUCAAGACCUGUUCUGGGGGGAGGUAAACAAGUUUCCAGAUGUUAAGUACAACAACAAUGCUUUAAAAAGUCUAGGUUUAAAGACACGUCUUGAUCAGGUGUCAUCACAGGAUAUUGUCAAUAGUAUUUGCAGUAUUCAAAAUUUCGCAAGUUACAGUCAAGAUGUGGUUAAAAAAGUAUUGCAAAUACUUAUAAUCAGUAAAAACAAUGGAAUCGAUAUAUCUUCUUGCAAUGCAGUAAGUUGGAUUCCUGUAGAAACAGAAAGACCUAGGGGUUAUCCAGUAGGAUUGAGCUGGUUAGGAUCAAAGGCAGCUGGAUCAAACAUGUGUGUGAAACCACCUAAUAGUGUCGUAAGGCAAGAGUUUUCCUACCUAACUGGCUCUCUAUUAUAUGUUGCACAAUCAUCAAUAUCAACUUAUUUAAAAAGCGUCACAGUAGUACCACAAGUUUUAACCAUCGUCAAUCAUUUAGAAGCGUUGGUUGUUAGCUACAAUUCUGACGAAAGAGGGUUGUACAAAAAGCUUGCUUAUGAUAUUUAUCAGCAUUUAGCUCAAUGCGAUUAUCAAGAAGUGGAAAAUGCUAUGAUGCGUAAUAGAAUAAAGAUAUGGCAAGGUAAACGAUUUGUAAAUAGGACAGAUAUCUUGUUACAGAGAACAAGAGUUGAUGUAAGCCCAUAUUAUCACUAUCUGCCAGAUGAUUUUCCUGCCUCAUUUAAAAAAUUUCUUUCUUCCGAGAAGGUCAGUGAAGAAAGCAUUUACAUUGAUGUUUUAGCUAGAAUGAAGGAGAAGCGUGAAGAAGAAAAGAAGGAUGCUUCCAAGGAUUUAGAUCUUGCUGUUAGACUUGUGUAUGAUCUGGCAGACCAAUUGGAUUCGCUGAGUGAUGAACAGAAAAAGAAAAUAAAUGUUCCAGUCAAUUCUAAAGUAUUGAAGCUAAGUCCCUUGGAAGAAUGCUUUUACCACGAUUUUGAUGGCAGCAUCUCUUUUAACUCUAUGCUGUCGUAUAACGUCUUACAUCCCAACAUUGAAGAGUCUGUGGCUGACAAACUCGGCAUACCUGAUUUAACGAGUAAGGUUUUGUCUGCUGAAGAUAGUUCCAUGUUUGAAUCAUGGGGUCAACAUGAAGAUCUAACACUGAGACUUAACAAGUUGUUAAAGGAUUACGAAGAUGGCAUGGCUAUACCCAAAGAACUUAUUCAAAAUGCUGAUGAUGCUGGCGCAAGUGAAGUCUGUUUUCUGUAUGAUCAAAGGGAAAAUGAAGACUUAAGAAGUAAAUUAUUUGACAGGAACAUGAAAGUAUGGCAGGGUCCGGCAUUAUGGGUUUAUAACAACGCUGUUUUUAAGGAAGCAGAUUUUAAAAACAUAACCAAAUUAAACGCUGGUACAAAAGAAUAUGAUAACAGCAAAAUUGGUAAAUUUGGAUUGGGAUUUAAUGCUGUAUACCAUCUUACAGAUGUGCCUAGUUUUCUCAGUGGAGACUCGAUGGUUGUAUUUGACCCUCAUACUAACUUUCUUGGUAAGGCAAUAAAGAACACCAGCUCCCCUGGAUUAAGAGUUUGCCUUUCCUCGACGAAGAAAGAUUUAGCACAUUUUCAAGAUCAAUUUAAAGUAUUUCAUGGUAUUUUUGGAGUACAUUCUGAUUUCGAAAAUAAUGAUGUUAAACACUACAAUGCCACCUUAUUUCGAUUACCGUUGCGAAAAUAUGAACAAGCACAAACAAGUGAAAUAAAAAAUAUGGAAUAUACCAAUGUAGAGAUGAAUUUGUUGUUUGACAAAUUUAAAGAAUAUUUAGAUCACUUACUUCUUUUCACAGAGAAUGUUAGAUCUGUGAAAGUUUAUCAAUUAGAUAAAGCAGUCUCAAAUCCAAGUGAAAUGAAAUUGCUUUUUCAGGUACAGAGACAAGAUACCGCACCGAAUUCAAAAAGUGUAAUGAAAUAUGCUGAUUCCAUUUUGAAGCAAAUGAAUCCUGCAUUCUCUUUUGACAUUCCACAUUACGGUUUGACCGAUGUCAUGGUAAUCACAGUAACGAAAGGGAAGAAGAUUGUAGAAAGAAAAUGGAUAUCCAGUUCCUGUAUUGGUGGAAGAAAGUCCUUUGGUCAUGCUAGCAAAAAUAAAGGAUUUAAUCCCUGUGGAGGAGUAGCAUGUGAGUAUGAUGUGGAAGGUAAUAAAACUGCUAGGGUUGUAACUGAUUUGGAACAAAGAUUUAUUUACUGUUUCUUACCGCUGCCAGAGAAAAGUUGGCUACCAGUUCAUAUAAAUGGAGCAUUUGAGGUAUCUAACGAUCGUAAGCAAUUAUCACAAAGUACAAAUGAUCAAAAACGACAUGGCGCUGCUACUCAUUGGAAUGACCUACUUGGGUAUGAUGUUGGACAAGCUUACUUUAAUUUGUUAUUGAAGAUCAAAAGUAUGUUUCCCAACAUUGAACUAAAAGAAUGGUUAAAGCUGUUUCCUGCUGUUUCAGCGUUAUCUGGAUGCAGAAGCGCAGUACUCGAGAUGCUGAAAUCUUUAAGUUACCAAAUAUUGGAGACGAAAGAGGCUAUAUUUCCGGUGACGAAUAGAUGGACAAAAUGGGAAGACAUAAAACUUCUAUCAUCAGAUUUUGAUCCUGCCUUGUCCAUUGACGCUGUAUCUUGUUUGAACUGGUAUUACAAUUUGACAGGGAGAAAAAAUGUUUGUGCACAACUGCCAUCAACAUUUAUAUCACUAUUAAUUAGUUUAGGUUACAGAAAAAACGUACAUGAUCAUACUGUAUCACAAGACGAUUUCUUCAGAGUGUUUUUCGAGCAUAUUGAUAAUCCUAGUUUAGAUCAAUCACUUAGAAAUAAAAUAGUUCUUUACUGUCUUGGAAGAAAGCAAGAUACAGGUCUUAUAAAAGAUUUUUUAUGCACAAACAAAUGUGUGCCCACGAAGCCGAAUGGAAGAAUGCGUCUACCCAGUGAAUUAAUUCAGGAGAGAAGCAAGGCUGCAGCACUUUAUGAUAUAGAUGAAGAGGUUUUUCCGCAGGAUGAAUUUGAAAGUCAUGGAUCAUAUCUGCAAAUUUUGGGUAUGGACAGUCGUUCUUUGGCUUGGGAAAAAAUAGUUGAUAGAGCGAAAACAACAGAGGUUAUCAGUGUUAUCAAGGGUAUAACGCAGACUGUUGAAAGAAGUAGGAAAUUAAUUUCAUUUAUUUUCGAUGGUCUUCGUGAAAUGCCACCAUCUCCUGAAAUGCUUGAAGCACUGAAAAACACUUCAUUCGUGCCAUUAAAACAGAAAGAAACAACUUCAAUAUUUUCGAAAUGGUUGAAUGACGACUACGCGUUUGGUGCACCAAAUCAAUUAUUUACAUCAGAAUACGUCAACCUUGCGUGCUGUUCAUCAUUAAUAUGUGAUAAAGAAUACGAUGCCUUGCUACACAAUCUAAACAUCUGCAAUAUACCAAGAUAUGAAGUUGUAAAGGAACAAAUAAUCCAAUUGAUCUCCGCUUAUGAAACAGAUAAAAGCAAAGGUGUUGACACAUGCAGAAUACUUGAUGAAAUGUAUCGUUACCUUAACACGUUAAAGAAUAUACCAUUUGGUGAGCUGACCUUGCUAAGGUUGAUAUAUUCUAAAGAGCAUGAACUUAUUUUUCCACGGCAAGCAUAUUUUAAGAUUGAAGACGAGAUAACAGGUUACUCGUACAAGUUACCAAACAACCUAAUGAAGUAUUUUCCAGAUUUAAUGCGCCAGCUUGGUGUGAUGGUUGAAUGUAGUGAAAGAGAGUACAUUGAUUUAUUGCAUAAUCUUAAAACUGAAUUCCAGGAUUGCAGCUUACCUAAUGAAUUAUUGAAACAAAUUUUGCAUAAAAUUGUACCGUACCUUUGCAAUGGGAAAUGUGAUCAAAGUGCUGAAAUAUUUCUACCAGAUAGAGGUGGAGUUUUACGGUCUACCGCAGAUAUGUGUUUCAAGGAUGUAUAUUGGCUUCCUUACGAAAACGAUGUCCUCUACUCACACGAAACCAUUCCACCACAUUUUUGCAACAAACUAGGCAUAAAACCGUCUCGUUCGGACUACUUUCAGCGAAAUUCUGUUGGUAUUCCAUUUGGACAACAUGAGGAUUUAACGACUCGUAUCAAGAAUUUGCUAAAAGGUUAUUCAGACACUGAGGAUGUUUUGAAAGAAAUUUUGCAGAAUGCAGACGACGCAGGGGCGACUGAAGUAAACCUGACUCUUGACAUGAGAAAUCAUGGUACAGAGAAAAUAUUUUCAGACAAGUGGAAAGAGAUGCAAGGUCCCGCGUUGCUCGUUUCGAAUAACGGCGAGUUUACUCAACAAGACUUGUCUGCGAUCCAAGCCUUAGGACAAGGAAGCAAAUGUAAAGAACCGUUAAAAACUGGAAAGUAUGGCGUUGGAUUCAAUGCUGUUUACGGCAUCACGGAUUGUCCAUCAUUCUUGACGACUAUAAAAGACGACAACAGUGAGGUUUUAGUUAUAUUUGAUCCUAAUUUGAGGUAUGCUGAAGGAGCAAGAAAAGAAGAACCUGGAAUAAUGCUUAAAAAUGGUAGACAACAACUUGAAGAAAAGUACACUGAUGUAAAAGCAGCAUACCUAAUAGAUGAAUACGAUUCGAAGGGGAAAACAUUGUUUCGUUUUCCACUCAGAAACAAGACUAUGGCAGAAAACUCAGAAAUUUCAGAGAAAGUAACCAACGAAAAAGAAGUAGAAGAAAUGUUAUCUAAGCUGAAAAGGCAUGCACCAGCAAUGUUAAUUUUCCUCAGAAAUAUAAAAUCAUUAUCUUUCAAGUAUAUAACAAACCAGGGAGAGGUCACAGAAGAAAACUUUAAUGCAAGGGUAUAUGGAGUUACUGAAAAGAAGCGUAAAGAUUUCAUUAGUUGUCAAAAAACAUUGGCUAGCAAACUGGGAAAUGUAACAUCCGUAAUGAAAUUCACAAAAUCAUUGCCAUAUAAUGUUUGUGUACAACACAAGUCAAAAGAUGGAACUUUUGUUUACCACUUCGAUGUUAUUGAACAAUGUGGAUUUGACAACAUGAGAAAGCUUCAUCAGUCUAUUAUCAAGAUAAUUGAAACCAACGAAUUAUGUUUGAUUCCAAAAGGAGCCAUUGCAUCUAUUUCAAGUGAUACGGAAUGUGAAAGGUGUGAAAAUGUUGAAAAAAAGCGGAGUAAGAAAAUCGAAACGAAUAAGCAUAACGUAUUUUGUAGUCUUCCAAUCCCGAUUAGUUCCGGUUUAAAUGUUCUUAUUAACGGUCAUUUUAUUUUGGAUUAUGAAACCAGAAGAAGCCUUUGGAGCAAUGAAAAUCUAACAGUGGAACGACUAUGGAAUAAUGCUAUACUAAUGCAUUGUAUUCUACCCUGUUACAUAACAUACGUUCAAGCAAAAGCUGAUGAGUUAUCUGGAUCUUUUGAAGAAAUGGAUAAUAUUAACUUGAUCAACUAUAAAAUUAGGAGAUUUUAUGAUCUUUUUCCUCAUUCUGUUGAUGAUGAAAACAGAACCGACUAUUGGAACCUUUUCAACAUGGAGUUUUACACACAUAUUUAUGAACAUAAUGUGCCAUUCUUGGUUGUGUUUAAGGUUGCAGAUAAAGACUUAAUGUUUUGCAAGCCACAAGACGAGUUUUUAUUCCAAGUUGUGCCCGAUCCACCAAAGUCACAAGGUAAUGCCUAUCCCCUAACGGUUCCAAAUGACCCAUUUUUUAGAUCAAUGUUGCUUCGGAUUUUACAACAAGUUCAUAUACGGGCGGACAUUCUUUCGAAAGUAUUAGUAAGUAAUUUUAAAAAAUGCAAUGUACCAUUAACAGAAGUAAGUCCAGAUGUUAUUAGAAGUAGGUUGAUUGCGCUAGAGAAAGACAUACUUCCAAAUUGUGACACAAAUUGGAAUGUAAAACAGACAGCUUUUAAGGAUGCUGAAAAUGUUUUAACUGUCUUAAAAUACUGCUUAUCUGAUUAUAAAAGAAGAAAUGACGAAAAUCAGAAGGAAGGAAGAAGUGAAAAUAUUGAAAUUGAAGAAAAUGUUCUGGAAGGUUUACCUCUUUGUUUAUUGAAAAAUGAAGAUCUUGUUUCAUUUUCUUCUCAGAAUCCAAAGUAUUUCACUGGCCACAAUGACAUUUUUGAAAAAGAAGGACAUAGAUUUGUUCAUUCGAAGGUAUAUAAUGCAGCGACUGAUGCAACGUUGAAUUGGUUGGAAAUGUCUUGCUUUAAGAAAUUUACAAUUGCCGAAUUCGUUCUAUUAUUAAAUAGUUUUCUAGAUGAAAAUGUUUACUGUAAUUCUCAAACUCCGAUUAAGAUUUCAGAGCCUAUUACAGAAAUUUGGCUUUCUUUGGUGUGGAGAUUUUUUAAAUCGUUGACUCCACAAAUGGAAGAUAUCAACCUUGUGUUACAGGAAGUUGGAGGCUGGUCGUUACUGCUUGCUAAAAGAGGUGAAACAACUUAUCUUAUCCCAAUAAACAAACGUAAGGGCGUUUUAUUUUUGCCCAACAAUUUUGAAGAUAAUGUUAGACACGUUAUUCCUGUUCUCAAAAGAAAUGUCUUCGAACCUGUUCAAACGAUCCUAGAUAGUUCUGAAAAGUGCAUACCAGUUUACCCUAAAUAUGUGGUGGAGAAAAUAUUUGGGUCAGUCAAUACGGUCACAGAUGUCAUAGAUGCUUUAACAUUGACUCACGAAUCAGAAGGUUCUCUUUCUUCAUUGAGUAACAUUGUUCUACCCCAUUUACAAUCAAUGCACGAGUCAAUUAAUUCUUCUUAUGCAUCAAAUUUAAAGAAAUUACCUUUGUUUGAGCAAUGGAAUGGUGCCAUGGUAGCAGCUGAAGGUAAUGUUUAUGUACUGCCUAAAGAUGUCCCCUGGGUUGGACUUGAGAAGUUUGAAGAAAAAAAUAAUUGCGUCUUUUUAAAGCCUCAGAUGUCGGUUGAACAAUUGUACAAACAUCUAGAUUUAAGCACAUGUGACUUCAUUUCAUUCUACCAGCAAUUUGUUUUCCCCUUAUUGUACUUACUACCAGAUAACUUUAUACAUGAUCACAUGGAUGCUGUUAGAAAAUAUUUUGAAGGAUUAGAAAGUGAGUCCAGCAGAAAAGAAUUUAAAACCACAUUAUCAUCAUUAAAGUUUAUUCCAAAUAUUGAGGGUGAGAAGAAAUGUCCGACUGAAUUAUAUGAUUCUGAGAAUAAGUUAUUUAAAUUGCUAAUUAGUGAAAAGGAUUUUCCUUGCGAAGCAUACAAUACACCUGACUGGCUUCGAUUCUUGCGAGAUAUUGGAAUAAUAUCUUCUAUAUCUAAAGACCUUUUUAUGAAAUUUGCAAAGGAAAUAGCAGUUAAUCAGAGAAAAGAAUCACUUUAUGCAUCUAAUUUGCUUUGCGAAGAACUUUUUAACAAUUCUGAUCUGAAAGAAGUUGACUUUCUUAACAAAAUUAAAUCCAUUUCCUUCAUACUACCCGACACACUGAACAAGAAAUGGGAAAAAAUUCAUCCGAGCAGAAAUUCUACUUUAAACCGCAUAUGCUUUGAACAGUCUGUGCGUCAAUCUGAUGCUAUACUAGUAUGGACCACAAAGACUAUAUUGCCAAGCUAUGCUACACCAUCAUUUCAAUUUGAUGAAACCAAAGUCGACUAUGCAGCCAUUCUUGGUGUUAAAAAGGCUCGAUUGGAUUGCUGUCAAGAUAUUCUAAAUCACAUUCGUAACAUCACUGAAACAGACAUGGAAAAGAAGACCAGCAGUUGUAAAAUACUUGAUCAAGAAACAUCAGAAGCAUUUGUCAACGUGUUAACAUCAUUUUACGAAUAUUUACGCACUGGAAAAUGCAUUGACAAAAGAAAUAUUUCAUUUUUAAAGUCAAUCAGUUUCAUUCUUGUUGAUAAAGAUCUUAAAAUUGACAAGAUCGAUAAAGCGGUGUUUUCAAGCGAACGUAUAAUAACUCCGUACAUCAAUUCCAUAGAUGUGAAACAUGGUAAAUAUUUUGAAACUUUCACGUUACUUGGCUGUUCAGACCAUCCAAACGCGAGACAAUAUUGCGCACUAUUAGAGGAAGUAAAAUCAGAAGUUGGUAAAAAACAGCUGAGUGUCAAUAAAUUAGGUGUUAUAAAGAAGGCUGUGGUUUUUCUCAGCAAUGUACUUAGUGAAGCAGAAAAUAAUUCCCUAAAUUCUACAUCUUUAUACUUACCUACUAUUAGCCUUGUUAACAACAAAGAAACAUAUUUAACGCUAUCAACGAAAGCAAUUUUUCUCGAUGAUUUGAAGUAUGAAAAGAGACUAAAAAAAUUCUCAGAGCCAAUUCUUGUACCAAAGUAUUGUGAUGUGGUUAAAAGCGAAAGUUGUAAAGUCAAUGUGAACCUGUUGAAACACCUUCCUGAAGAUUUAAAACCAAAAGCUCUCAGCGAAGUUAUUGAAGAGAGAUUAGUGUCAGAGGUGCUACCUGUUGAAGUUGCCAAAGAUCACAUCAGUAAGAAGAUUGAGUCUAGACUACAUGCAGAACAGUUUCUUGAAAGUUUUAUAAGACUUUUGAAGGAUGAAGCCAAAUCAGACUUAAAUAGCGACAUCGAUGAAGUUUCGUUGGACGAAAAAAGAGAGCAAAUUUUCAAUGCUCUUCAGAAAGUAAAAGUAAUUGUUUUGUCUGAUAUCCAGACACAAUAUGCAUACAAAAAUGAAUUAAUCCCUGAUAGUAUUGUAGAGAAAUCUUUAUUUUUAAAAAAGAAUGAAGACAGUUCAGAGAUCUAUUUUAAAAAAUCGCAGAGAGAAAACACUCUGAUGUAUUCCCAAAUCAGCACAGCUUUGUUGAAACUGUUCAACAAACCUCUGAAGAAAAACGCGUCGCUUGUUCUAAUACUGCUACAAACUCGUUUACCUGAUUUAUCGUCGGUACUUGAUGGCGAAGGUAUAUUUCGUGAUGAAUCGGAUUCACAGUUUCUGAAGUCUGGUCAAAUGCCCACUCCAGGAGAUUUAGUGCCAUUAGAACUUUACUGUCUUCUCAAGCACGAUUUGUUGGAUUUUGAAAAAGAUGAAUACGUAGCUGUUGAACGAGAAGAAAAUGGCAGAUGUGUGUACAUCUAUGGUAUAAUUCGACGUGUUGAUCGCAAUGCAGAUAAGCCGCUUCGUGUGUAUGGAGUACAAAUAUCUGCAAAUGAAAAUGAGAUUGUCGACAUUAAAGCUACUGAUUUAUAUAAGUUUGAUUCAAAGGCUACGGUAAUUCCAUCAGAAGAUACAAGCCUUGUUUUGAGCGAUGUCGGUUCAAGCGGCGAUAGACCGUUGCUUCAAAAUGAAGAUGAAGCAAGAACAUUUGAAGAGAUAUGCGAAGAGAUCAAAAAAAUUCUUAAUGGUAUCAAAUCUUUGUCUGAGGAAGAGAAGAAAAAAGUAAUUCGUCGAUUGUAUUUGAAAUGGCAUCCUGACAAACAUCCAGAACAUAGCAAAGAAUUGGCAACAGAAGUGUUUAAAUUUUUGCAGAAUGAAAUAGAAAAAAUAAAUGGCAAUCAUUCCCAAUUUUUUCAAAGUUGGAACCGGAGAGCUGAAAGAGAAUCAAAAUCUUACGAAGACUACUUUUUUAACUUUAACAGUUUUUGUCGAAGUUCUGCAUUUUCAAGUAGGCAAAGAAGUCGCAGGCGUAGUAACCGACGUGGUCGUGGCGGCGGUGGAGGUGGAGGUGGUGGCGGUGCAUUCUUCUUCACACCUCCAACAUUUCAAGGAAGAAAUCCUCAACCUAGUGAAUCAUCAAGAUGGUUCAAACAAGCUCAAUUUGAUAUAUCAUCUGCCGAAAACGAUAACACAAAUUUAUAUGAAUGGAUAUGCUACAAAGCGCACCAGGCCUCAUUGAAAGCAUUAAAAGCUGCACGAUACUGCAUUGAUUACGCAGAAAUUGAAGAGACGCCCAGCCUGGCUACAAUUGCUGAAACUGUAGACGACGAGGCACUAAAAUCGUUAGCAACUCAACUCGAAACUUUACUUGGAUCAAGUUCAGAAAUGCAGUACCCUGCUCGCAGAGACUUUGAUGUUCCACAUGAUCGAUACAAUCAACAGAAAUCAGAAGAAGCAAUGACAAUAACGAAGAAGAUACUUCAAAUAGUUGAAGACCAGAUAAAUGAUUAACAGAUGGUCUGUAUACCUGUUAACAGUAAGAAAUUAAACCCUUUAUAUAGUUUUUUUUGAUGUGCAGUCCUUUUUAAACUUUUUACGGAAAAUUGAUAUAAUGUUUAAAAUCUUUCAUUUAAACUUGAUAUUUUCAUAUUCAUACAACAAACAAAAGCUGCUUCAACUGGUUUAUAAUUUGGUACUAAAUGACAUCUGUCCGAAAACAAGGUUAAUUAUUACUUCAUUAUUACAUUAUUAGUACAAGUCAAAAAUAAAGAAGGUCUUUAGUGUAACAAAAAUGCUAUCAAACAAUCUCCCAUACAGAUUAAGUUGCAAAUUAAUGUACAGGUCAAUUUAAUGGGGUGGAGCAGCCAAAUCUUAAACAUUUGAAAUAUUUUAAAAAUCACGCAGUUCGGGAAAAUGUAUUAUUGAAGUUUCUGUUGUAAUUUUUAUCAAGUUAAUAUCUAGUAAUAUUUUAGUCUUUAUUUUACGUAUAUUGAAGCACGUUGAUUAGACGUAGUAUACAAUUUUUUUUUAUUAAUUCACACGUUACUUAUUUUAUUAGAAGUAUUUUUAUUUUAAUAUAUUCUUACUGUCUAGAAUCAUUAGGAAUUACUUGCAGCAGUGAAAGAAUUAAUUUAAAAUUUAUGAUCAAUUUAUGAUUUUUAAAUAGCCAUACGCUUUUUAUUUUUUAAAUUGAGCAGAAAAGUUAAAGACUUUGUUGGUUUUAAUAUUUUUUGUUUAAAGAAUGCAUGAAACUAGGCAGUAUUUUUGUGUAGACAAUAUAUGAAACGAAUCAGUAUUUUUUAGGCUAAACAAUAUAUAAAAUGAACUGUAUACGUCCAUUUUUUAUUUUUGACAAGAUUUUUGAUUGAAUUUUCAUCA